CUAUCUGGAGGUCUUUUGUGUACUUUAAACAUUUAGUAACAGUAACUGAGCACAUUAAACACACAAGGACAUGUGUGCCUGAAACACACACAUCCCAGACCGCUCACUGACUGACUGAUACCGGCUUUCUAAGAUCAGUAGCUCUACGGGCGCACAAUGCUCCGACCCUCAACGCAGAAGUAUGCGGUGAACAGACCACUAUACUCAGAAGACAACUUUGAAGACGAACAUGCAAAAGUCUAUCGGAAACACAAGAGAUUCCUGGACCAUUUUAAACAGUACUUUACUUGUUCUUCAGAACGUGCAAAGAAUGCUGCUCUUUCUCUGCUGCCUAUCAUUGGAUGGAUAAGGAUCUACUCGUUCAAAGAAUGGCUGUUAAAUGACAUUGUGUCUGGCAUCAGCACUGGACUAGUUGCCGUCCUACAAGGACUAGCCUUCAGUUUGCUGGCAUCCAUCUCUACCUGGUAUGGAUUGUAUGCUGCUUUUUUCCCAGUCAUCGUCUAUUUCUUUCUGGGCACCUCGCGACACAUUUCAGUGGGAUCGUUCCCUGUAGUGAGUCUCAUGGUGGGGGCAGUAGUGACCAGAUUGGUGCCUGAUGAGGGUCCGCCUGCCAACAUCACUGCGUUUGAGGGCCUGACGAGAGACGAACAGAGGAUCUUAGUGUCUGCCUCCCUCACUUUCUUAGUCGGUUUAUUCCAGCUUGGUAUGGGGCUGCUGCAGGUGGGCUUCAUUGUCAUAUACCUGUCGGAUACUCUGAUAUCAGGAUUCACCACCGCAGCUGCUGUUCACAUCCUGAUUUCUCAGCUCAAGUUUAUACUAGGACUGAAUGUGCCGGGUUUCAGCGGCCCAUUUGCUAUUAUAUAUAUUCUUGAGAGUGUAUUUACCCAGAUCACCUCCACAAAUAUCCAUGAUCUGGUCACUUCAAUUGUGGUGAUGGUGGUGGUGUUGGGCGUGAAGGAGAUCAACGACAGAUUUAAGUCAAAGUUACCAGUGCCCAUUCCCAUAGAAGUAAUUAUGACCAUCAUAGCAUGUGGCAUCUCCUACGCGUUCAGCUUCAGCGAUAAACACGGAGUGGACGUGGUGGGGAAAAUUCCAAAUACGUUUGAGUCCCCAAUGGCUCCGGACCUUCAGGUUUUCCAGAUGAUAGCAAUGGAGGCUUUCCCAAUAGCUAUUGUGGGAUUUGCCGUGGCUUUUGCAGUUGCUAAAGUCUAUUCUGUAAAGCAUGACUACGUUAUAGAUGGAAAUCAAGAACUCAUUGCGUUUGGGGCAAGCAACAUCUUUGGAGGAUCGUUCAAGUCUCUGGCAGCCAGUACAGCUCUCUCCAGAAGUGCGGUUCAAGAAAGCACUGGAGGAAAAACACAGAUAGCUGGUUUACUCUCUGCCAUUAUCGUGUUGGUGGUAAUCUUGGGGAUUGGGUUUUUGCUGGAACCUCUACCAAAGUCGCUGUUGGGCGCAGUGGUGAUUGUGAACCUGAAGGGGAUGUUGAUGCAGGUGGUUACAGUUCCUUACCUGUGGAAGAAAGACCGUCCUGACUGUAUUGUUUGGUUGGGGACCUGUUUGGGAUCUAUAUUCCUGGGGCUGGACAUAGGACUUGCCAUUGGUCUUGGACUAGAGCUCCUCACUGUGGUCUUCAGGGCUCAGUUUCCACGCUGCAGUGUCCUGGCUAAUAUCUCGGGGACAGAUAUCUACAGAGAUCGCAAGGACUAUGUCAAUAUCUAUGAGCCAGAGGGAGUAAAGAUUUUCAAAAUCCCAUCUCCCAUUUUCUUCGCAAACAUUGAUUUCUUCAGAGACAAACUGAAGGACGCUGUGGGCUUUAAUCCUCUGAGAAUCCUGAGGAAAAGGAACAAGGCGGUGAAGAAGAUUAAGAAACUGAUCAAGAAAGGGGAGCUGACCUUAACAGCUAACGGACUACAGGCCACAUGUUCAAUGCCUAUUGAAGAGUCAGAGGAUGAAAGCAACAUGGAGGACCUAGACAAGCCCACAGACUAUUCGGAUCUUCCAAUCCAGGUGAACUGGAAUGCAGAACUUCCUGCCAACAUCCAAGUCCCUCCUGUGAAUAUCCACAGCUUGGUCCUGGACUUCUCUGCAGUUUCAUUCCUGGAUAUAUCUGCACUCAAGGGUCUCCAAGCGGCCUUAAAGGAAUUUAUACGCAUUGAUGUUGACAUUUACAUAGUUGGCUGUGACCCGUAUAUCAUAGAGAAGCUGAAGAGCUGUAAAUUUUUUGAUGAUGAAAUCAAGACGUCUAUCUUAUUUUUGACCAUCCAUGAUGCAAUGCUCUACAUUUAUGAGUCCCAUCCACCGAAGACUGUGAGCGAGAAGGUCUCAGGAAGUUUCCAAUACCAACACAUUAAUGGCAGCAGCAUGUCUAAUGGGUUGACAAGCCAAGAAAUGCUGGACAUGAAAAUGGAAGUCGAAACAGACACCAAACCAGAGACAAGAUUCUGAAGUGAAUCAACUUGAAACCUCUGCUACAUAGAACUUUAAAAUCAAUGUAUAUAAGAAUUAAUUUGAUUAAGCAUGAAGCAAUUUUGUAUUCUGUGUACUGUGCUGCAUGCAUUAAUUAGCUCUAGACUGUCAAUGUGUCAUGUGACUAAAUUAUUGGAUUUGUGGUGAAAGUUGUAAAUACAAUCUCAUCAGUUCACUAUCAGUGCCUUUUGUACAUGUAACUUUUUUUCUUUUUGAAUAGUAUGUGGUUUUAUGUGCACUAUUUUUAUUCUAAAAUAAUUUAAAAAAAGAAUGUUUUCCAAAAUAUACACUGUCCUUCCUGAUUUGAGACAAACAAAUAAAGGCAUGGCCAGAUAAAAUUA